UUUCAGUGUUCAAGUUUCAUCAAGUACCCAACACGAAAUUCAGAUUUCAAAAUCUCAAUUAAACAUUUCCUGUGAAGUAGAAACAAAUUUUGUAGUGCCCUAGUAGAACUUCGUUGUCUUACAAGACAAUUUUUCCUCAACUAUGUGAUCACCCUGCAAUCCUGUUAAUAUAGAUCUCUAUCAGAAUGAUGAAUGCCUAUUCCGAAUCACAAUCGGACGUUGAUAAUGAACAAAAUGUGGGAACGAGGCAAAAAUCUAAACAAGUCCUUAACAGAUGUCCUGAUAAGCGAAGUUCGCUUGUCAAACGCAGUGUUACCACAAAGAACAAUAGAAGACCCAGCGUCAAUAGUGCAUAUAACGAUAACUGUGGGAAUUAUAACGAGUCUUGCAGUAUGCGCAAGAAGGGAGACAAAUCCACUGGUUCAGCGUCAUCUACGAGUGGUACGAUGCACUCCUCGGGAAGUAGCUGCAGCGAUGGCGAUACCUCAUCAUCGUAUGGUGAACCCAAUCUUCCAUAUCCAGGAUUUGCAGAGUACUCGCUCAAGUACCUCAGUCAGGAUACGAAGCCGAGAAUAUGGUGCCUGCAGUUGAUAACAAAUCCGUGGUUCGAGCGAAUCUCCAUGUUGGUAAUUCUGCUGAACUGUAUUACGCUAGGAAUGUACCAGCCAUGUGUGGAUGAUGCCUGCGUUACAAAUCGAUGUAAAAUUUUACAGAUAUUUGAUGAUAUUAUAUUCGCUUUCUUCUCCCUCGAAAUGACAAUCAAAAUAGUAGCUAUGGGUGCAUGGGGGAAGGGUACCUAUCUAGCUGACUCGUGGAAUAGGCUCGAUUUCUUCAUCGUGCUAGCUGGUGCUUUAGAAUACUGUCUUCAAGUGGAAAACUUAAAUCUUACUGCGAUCAGAACCAUCCGUGUACUUAGACCACUUCGAGCGAUCAACCGAAUACCGAGUAUGCGAAUACUUGUCAUGCUUUUGCUUGACACCUUACCCAUGCUCGGUAACGUAUUGCUGUUGUGUUUUUUCGUGUUUUUCAUUUUUGGAAUUGUGGGUGUGCAGCUGUGGGAGGGCAUCCUACGACAGCGUUGUGUCAUAAAACUCCCAGAUAAUGUGUCGGCUCCAGACACAUUUACACAACGUAACCUUUACUAUAGAAUUGUGACCCAAAAGCAAAGGAAAUCUGACAUAUCAUUCUACUACGAAUUUUCGAAAGAACAAGACUACAUUUGUUCAAAACCAGCUGACUCUGGAAUGCAUCUCUGUAACAAUCUACCACCAUAUAGAAUAGGACCACUCCUUUGCAAUGCCUCUGCAGUACCGUUUUCAAAUAACGUACCUACAUCUCGUUCUUGUGUAAAUUGGAAUCAGUACUAUACCAACUGCACACAGCUGGGAAAUAAUCCAUUCCAGGGAACAAUAUCCUUCGACAAUAUUGGAUUGGCGUGGGUUGCCAUAUUUUUGGUAAUUUCACUAGAGGGAUGGACCGAUAUAAUGUACUAUAUUCAAGAUGCACACAGUUUCUGGGAUUGGAUAUAUUUCGUGCUUCUCAUUGUGAUUGGAUCCUUCUUCAUGAUCAACCUUUGCCUCGUCGUAAUCGCAACGCAAUUUUCGGAAACCAAGAAACGAGAAAUGGAACGUAUGCGUCAGGAAAGGGCUCGAUUCACUUCGACUUCUACCUUGGCAUCAAGUACGAACAAUUCAGAACCGACCACAUGUUAUGCCGAAAUUGUCAAGUACAUUGGACACCUGUACCGAAGAUUAAAACGCCGAAUCAUUAAGAAGUUACGACUGUAUAAAUAUCAAUAUCAACAUCGAAGGGAAGGACUGCUGCCACAUACUCCGGAAACUCUUACGUUAUCGCCGAACAAAAUCAAGGUGCAUCAUCCAAAAUGUCCUAAACUCAACACUCUUGUCACCAGUGGUGUUCAUAAAAACAAUCAAGAUGCUAUUGCGUCAUGUGCCAUCAUCCCAAGACUACCUAAGAACACGACAAGCACAGUUGGAACCGACAAACAAAUGUCUUCACCCGAUGUUUCCGAGAUGGUUUCUGUGGAGAACAUAAAAAAUAAUGCUCUAAAUAAUUGCACAAAUUACGCCAAUAUGGAUGACAAGCAGAAAAUUGUACUAUUGAAGAUUCCCAAUAGCGAGAACAAUCAGUCCUCUUCAAAUUCCUUGAGCCCAACGUCCUCAGGUAGAAGAAGAUCAUCUGUUAUGUUUAAUGAAUAUGUUAUACAUCAUACGCCUCCAACUAUUCCAGCACCAACAACAGAUAAAAAUGUGUAUUGUUUAGAAAAAAUGACCCAAACAAGUGAUAGUGGAAUUUGGCAGGUCAGCCUUCCGCAAUCCAUUCACACCAUGGCAACCGUUUUCAACGAUUACUCAGAUCUAUGCAUGACGGACGCCAUGACAUGCCAGGAGUUGCUGGCGUUCUCUGUAGCAUUCUCAGCGGCAUUACCCACCGGCCAAACGACGCUGGAAUCAUUCUAUUCGACGCUUACGAGAAAUCGAACAAACCAUAGCAAUAACAAAAACUCGUCAAUUUUAAACACACGUGGAUAUAGCACCGAGAAUGUCACACACAAAUCUUCACCAAAUGCUGCUAAAAAUUUGUCACAAAAUGUCUCCAACAUAAAUCACAUCAACAAUGAAGAAUUCUCUUGUUGCUAUGAAUUAUAUCAAAACAUUGGAAUAGAGGAGCCUAGGAAAAAACAUUCAAAACCAUAUCAAUGUGUGGUAGGGAUGUACAAGAUAGUCAAAAACUCUCUACACUGUAGUAGAAUGUUUAUCAAAAAGAUAGUGGAGCACAAAUAUUUUCAGCAAGGUAUACUAUUAGCAAUUUUAAUCAAUACCCUCUCGAUGGGAAUAGAAUACCACAAUCAGCCGGAGGAAUUGACUGCAAUCGUCGAGACAAGUAAUAUAGUGUUUUCGGGAAUAUUUGCUGUCGAAAUGGUGCUGAAAGUGAUUGCUGAAGGACCAUUUGGAUAUGUUGCAAAUGGAUUCAACGUGUUUGACGGAGUCAUCGUCAUAUUGAGUGUUAUUGAACUUGGUCAGGCGUACUUAGGCGAAGGGCAAGGAAAUUCCGGAUUGAGUGUACUGAGGACAUUCCGUUUGUUGCGUAUACUAAAACUGGUACGCUUUAUGCCGAACCUACGGCGCCAACUGUUUGUGAUGCUGCGAACAAUGGACAAUGUUGCCAUAUUUUUCUCAUUGCUGAUAUUAUUUAUUUUUAUAUUCAGCAUACUUGGCAUGUACUUGUUCGGAGGUAAGUUUUGUAAAUUUGUCGAUGAAACUGGACAAGAGAGGGAAUGCACUUGUCCCGAAAUAGUCUCCAAGCAUCCUCUGUGUGAAUGUGACCGCAAACAUUUCAACAACAUUCUAUGGGCCACGGUUACAGUGUUUCAAAUCCUUACGCAAGAAGAUUGGAACGUGGUCCUAUUCAAUGGAAUGGAGAAGACUAGUCAUUGGGCUGCUCUAUACUUCGUAACACUAAUGACUUUUGGGAAUUAUGUAUUGUUCAAUUUGUUGGUUGCUAUUUUAGUUGAAGGCUUUAGCUCAGAGCGCAACGAGCGAAGAGAACGUGAACAAAGAGAACUCGUGAAAGCAAAACUAAACGCUGAGUCUUUGGCGGCGCAAGAGCAAGGAAGCGAUAUCUACGAUGAUCCUAAGAGUUUCUCAGAAUCUACAACAAGCGACAGCUAUAACGAAUCCAAAGGAAAAUGGUUUAGUGCUGAGGAGCUACGAAAGAUAAGGGAUAUAAAAUGUAAUAUUCAAAAACAGAGGCUUCUGCAACCUGGAUAUGAUGAUAUCAAUUUAUCGAUCCCAAAACUAAAUUCCGAGAAGGACGCCAUAAACUCCAUCGAUCAAUAUUCCAGCAGAAAGCAGAAAAAGUGUGAGCCCUUAAAGCUAUACAACAUUCAUGUUACGGAUCCGCCAAUCAUUACAACUACUUCCGCGACACCACAAGACUCACCAAGUGCAACGCUCGAGGAAGGAGCAAAUUUCAAAGAUUGGGAAAAUAUUGACUUUGAACAGCUUGAAAAAAGUACAAACUCAACGCUUCUUAAGCCUCCGCCAGUGCUUGGAUCACUGAAAGCAUUAGACGAUCGUUCCUAUUUCGAGGGAAUGCCAGUGCUGAAUGAAAUGCGGAGGAAAUCGGAAAAGUAUACAAGUUCUUAUGGUGAAUUCAAAUCAUCCCAGAGUGACAAACAACAACAGCAUUCGCAAUCUGUGGUACGGAAGUCUGAAACCACGCGGAAGUCUAGUCUAAAAUAUCGUAAAGAAGUUUCAAAAGAGGAUGAAGUGCUCAACAAUGGUAAAUGUGUACCACGUGUUGGAGGAUCAACUCUAUUUGAGGCACGCAAAAUUGACCCAUUGUCACAGAAAAGCAUCAGGAUACAAAAUGAUACUCAAAAGGAUAGAUGUCAUUCUUCGAGAAGGAGUUCCGUUAGGAGAUCUUCGUCCGUCAAGAUCGACAGUGGUCCAGGAAGUAUUGCAAGCAAUAUAAGCGCUCCCUCUUAUUCGAAGUACGUGUACAAUGAUAAGAAUAAAUACUACAUCGACAGAAAAAGUUCAUUGCGGUUGAGCGAUAUCAAGUCACCGAACAAUGCACGCCGCAUGUCGUCAAUAGAACACCCGUACCACAAGCAUUCUAGAAUAAGUAUACACAACUUGGAAUUGAUGAAAAUCCAGGAAGAGCUUACAAAAAAUAAGCUCAAUAACGAGUCGGUCCCCUCAGAGCAGGAUAUGCUACCGGAUUCACUAAAUACAAAAAUGAAGACAAAAUCUAAAGGUCGCCUAAAACAAUUCUUUCGCUACGUUACUCCGAAGAACUUUGUUGAUGACCAUGAUCUGUAUACACUAUACAUAUUCCCGGAAGAUAAUCGAUUUCGUCAAAUGUGCAGCUGGUUCGUGAAUCAGAAAUGGUUCGACAAUGUAAUAUUGCUGUUUAUUGCAUUAAAUUGCAUUACUUUGGCCAUGGAGAGGCCAAACAUCCCACCAUCAUGUUCCGAAAGGUAUUUCCUGUCGACAGCGAACUACGUGUUCACAGUUGUAUUUGCAGUUGAAAUGUUCAUCAAGGUUGUCGCCACGGGAAUGUUCUAUGGCCCAGAUGCGUAUUUUACUUCUGGCUGGAAUAUAAUGGAUGGCUCUCUUGUUACAAUAUCCAUAAUCGAUCUACUGAUGUCCUUGAUUAGUGAAUCAAGCCCAAGAAUUUUUGGUAUUCUCCGGGUGUUUAGAUUGUUACGAUCGCUGAGACCCCUGAGAGUCAUCAACAGAGCUCCUGGAUUGAAAUUGGUUGUUCAAACGCUACUGUCAUCUUUAAGGCCAAUCGGAAACAUAGUACUGAUAUGCUGCACUUUUUUCAUAAUCUUUGGUAUUCUUGGAGUGCAGUUGUUCAAGGGAACUUUCUUCUACUGUGAAGGAGAAAAUAUUAAAGGAGUCAAGAACAAAACGGAAUGCUUAUCGAUUGAAGGAAACGUUUGGCUUAAUAGAAAGUACAAUUUUGAUGACCUAGGCAAGGCUCUUAUGUCUCUUUUUGUGCUAUCGUCAAGGGAUGGCUGGGUCAACAUCAUGUACACGGGACUUGACGCUGUGGGGGUAGAUCAACAGCCGGUCGUGAAUUACAACGAGUGGCGAUUACUUUACUUUAUAGCAUUUAUACUAUUGGUAGGAUUCUUUGUCCUAAACAUGUUUGUUGGAGUCGUAGUCGAAAAUUUUCACAGAUGCCGUGAAGAACAGGAAAAGGAAGAAAAAAUAAUCAGAGCGGCCAAACGUGCGCUGCAGAUGGAAAAGAAAAGACGAAGAAUGCACGAACCACCAUAUUAUACAAAUUAUUCACCAUUGCGAUUGUUUGUCCACAACGUAGUAACAUCGAAAUACUUCGACUUAGCAAUAGCAGCCGUCAUAGGAUUGAACGUAGUAACGAUGGCCAUGGAAUAUUACAUGAUGCCCUUAGCUUUGGAGUACGCAUUGAAAAUAUUCAACUAUUUCUUCACAGCAGUGUUCAUAUUGGAAGCCAUCAUGAAGCUAGUGGCAUUGGGUAUCAAAAUAUACAUGAAAGAUAAAUGGAACCAGUUAGAUGUUGCUAUCGUUAUUCUAUCGAUCGUGGGUAUAGUUUUAGAAGAACUUGAAACUAACAUCAUUCCUAUAAAUCCUACCAUCAUACGAGUCAUGCGGGUGCUUAGAAUAGCACGUGUUUUGAAAUUGCUGAAAAUGGCUAAAGGAAUCAGAGCGUUGCUGGACACGGUCAUGCAGGCAUUACCACAGGUCGGAAAUUUGGGUUUACUAUUCUUCCUGUUGUUCUUCAUUUUUGCGGCGUUAGGAGUCGAACUGUUUGGCAGAUUAGAAUGCUCCGAAGAGAUACCAUGCCAAGGACUGGGCGAGCAUGCUCAUUUUGCAAACUUCGGAAUGGCCUUUUUAACUUUGUUCCGAGUGGCGACUGGCGAUAACUGGAAUGGAAUCAUGAAGGACACUCUCCGAGAUGACUGUGACGAUGCCGCAGACUGUGUGAAAAAUUGCUGUGUUAGUACAAUAAUUGCUCCAAUAUUUUUCGUUAUAUUUGUAUUGAUGGCUCAGUUUGUGUUAGUCAAUGUGGUUGUAGCAGUUCUUAUGAAACAUUUAGAGGAAAGUCACAAACAAAUGGAAGAUGAUUUAGACAUUGAAACAGAGCUGGAAAGGGAAUUCGAACGUGAACAGGAAUUCGAAGAGGAACAAGCAUUAUGUAUGCAACUUGAUGAUGAUCAAAAGCAAUUGCAAAAACGGCCUCUCACUAAAGUGUCUUCAUUGCCAUCAAACUUUACUUAUAGCACUCCAAUAGCGGAGAAAAAAUCAAACAUUCAUCGACGACAAACUAUUCAGUAUAUCAAUCAGAAUAUAAACAUACAACAUUCUUAUACAAACAGUAAUUCGUAUGACGAAACUGCAGAAAACGACAUCCCAAACGAAGAUGAUGAAUCAUUCAAUUCUGUGAAUGAAAGCUCCAGUGCAAAGAAUACGAACAAGAAAAUUCAUAUUAAUAAAUCCUUUUUCAGCAAGAACAAUGCUGACAAGCGGGCAUCUUUAGAUGAAUUUAAUAAACCGCACAAGAUUGUUGAAGAGCUGGAAAAAGACGACAAAAUCAGCUCAACGAAAAGUGCCAACAACUGGAGGGAAAAUCAAUCAGAACAAGCACUGAAAGAAUCUGAAAAUAAUAUUAAACUGUCAUGCCCGACAAUCAUUUCGUCUAGCAAACCGUUAGCUAAAAACAGCAAAACCGACUAUCGUCAAUUAAGUCUUGACCAUGACGCCAAAAUGAACAUUAUGCAUGACAAUAUUGCAAUUGUUCCUGGUAGUUCAGCAAACUUUUCAAAUACCUCCAAUGCCCUUAAUACCCUAGGUGGAACGAAAUCAUUUUUAUCCGUACCGAAACUACAACCCAAAAGUCGAUCCGGUAGCACGAAGCAAUUAUUCAAACAGGUAGCCCUGGAUGAGGAAAAUGAGACCAAUGAAAAUUCACUACUUUUACCUUCGGCAUCCAACGCGACCGCUUCGGGCGAUGAUCAUUCUUAUGAUCUUCUAACCGUUCAAGGCGAUAAUUACGAUGCAGUGAGGAAAUCCGAAUCAUGCGAGAUUCUCCGAAUUAUAUCGGAACGAAGAAAGCUCUAAAUGUGAUUUGAACAGUUUAAAAUUAUCCCUGAUUUCCGUUUUCCGGAGCUGAGCAUUUAUUUACGAACUAUCGACAAUCCACAUGAACAAUUUUUGAGAGAUUUUAGACUCCACUCUCCUUCCCCUAAGUAGAUAGCCAUCCACAGAUAGUAACAGCGUUGUUAGAUAUACCGAUUUAUGCCCAAAUUGGACAAGUUCCACGCCAAAUGACGAAUCGGAAUAACUCGACCUGUUCCGAUUUGCAUGAAAGUUUGCAUUAUUGUUUGUUAUGAACAAUCAUUCACAAUUUUGCUAAAAUUCGGCCAUUUUGGACCUGGUAUUUUUUUUCAAAAUGUUUUUCAAAAUGGCAUCUGAUAUUUUUCAAUAUAUUGUAGCACGCAAUCACGCAAACGUCACUUCUGAUCAAAAUGACGCCUGAGACAAAGUUGUAGAGAAAAUAAUGUCUUUUUGAGAAAAAUGUACACGGUAACUUUUUUGUGUAAUUUUCAGUAAAAAUUCAAAAAUGUUUUAAAAACUCAACUAUCUUAAAAUGUCCUUGUUCAAUUAAUUAAACAAAAAAAUACAAAAAGAUCAUGAAAAAAGGAAAUUUUUUGAAUGGUUAAAACUAUAGACGCUUGAAAAUUAACAAAAAAUCGUAGAACAAGAACUUAAGGUCGAAUUUUUGAACUAUUUGUUAGUAUUUUUAUGUGAUUUUAACACACGAAACAAUAUUUGAGUUUAAAAUGACUGUUGAGUUUUCUGUGAUAAAAUAACGUAAAAAUGUGUUCUAACAAAAAGUUCUUCUGACGAACAAGGAACUGAGAUAUUCUAUAAUGAUAUAUGGUAGAUGUACUAGUCAUGGCUAUACGUUCCUCUUACGAUGUAUUCCAAUUAAGGCCUAUGUGAAUUCCAUAGGAAGUUCCAAAUAGGAAUGUAAUAUUGUCAGUAUUAUAAGCCAACUUUUCCGGCGUCAUGCUGUAAAGCAGCUGGAAAAGGCAGCUAGUAUAGCUACAGACAGAGGCUAACAACAUGAUUUUGACAUGCGUUUACUGCUUAAAACUUGAAGCUGUAAAACAAUAACGUGAGUAUAUUACUCACUUUAUGGUUUUUACACAACUAACAACUCUUGCUGUUAAAACUGCUUCUUCAACUACUAAACAAUCUGUUAUCAGCUUAUAAAUUGUAUUAAAGCUUCAUUGGAAGCAUUUCCACAACUAAAAGUGUUGCAUAUGCACUAUUAUAAAGCCUUUACUCAGCGAUCUCGUUGUAGAAGGAUAUGUAGAUACGUCAGUUCUAAGUAUUGGCGUAGCGAAGUUGGUAGUGUCAAGACUUUCCAGAGCGGUCGUCACGAGUUGGAGUACAGGUUCCGGUGCAGAUAUUAAUUUAGUUGUGUGCGAUACAUUUUAUUCCCAAUUAAAUUAUUAAAUAUUUAACUCAGAUUCAAAACAAAGCUGAAUAGCGAUUAUUAGAUAAUCAGCAAAUGUAGAAUAAGCGCCUUUUAAGUCCACACACAACUAAACAGCAGAAUAACAGCCAGAUUGACUUGUAUGUUGAGUAAAAAUGACUACAGCUCGAUUAAUUAAAUUAGCAAAACGUUUACACUUCGAAAAAUGUAAAUUGGGGCAUAGCCAUGACGGGUACAUCUACCCAUGGAAAUUUUCUAAAUUUAUAAACAAUUUAAAUUCAACACACAGCAUUUCCGAAAGAAAGAAAAGUUACAAUGCGCAAUAAGCCCACACCAACAUAAUUUGUGUAUUUUCAUAGUUUUUUUUUAAGUGCUCAUCAAUUAUAAUACGCUCAAUAUCAAUUUAUUCAGACUAAGUAGGUACAUAGACAUCAAUGAGGCCUCUGAAUUGCCUAAUCAACUAAGCCCGGAGUCGGUUCGAUUAACCUUUUUUUCAGGAUUGAAUAAACUUUAAUUUAAUUAAAUUAAAACAUUUCUGUCUCUCUUAAACAUCCUCUUCAAAACCUAAUACCCCGUUCACACAACAGCCUAGAUGUCAAUUCGCAUACAUUUUAUUGAUAGUAGAUAUACAGAUGCUGAUAUAGGCUAUAUCACGUAACAAAAGAUGUAGUGUAAACGGGGUAUUAAACUGUUAUAUUUAAUAGUUAAUAGUAAAUUAGCAACAAAUGGCUUUUUAGCUGGAUUAUUAUCCACAACUGAAGAAAAUAUACUUAGGCAUAUUUAAAGGAAUCAAUGUAUUUAGCAAACACCAUAUGUGAAAUGGAUUGUUGAAUUGGAAGCAGUGAACAUUUGAAAAAAGAUCAACUGAAUUAAUAAUAGUUUGCUCCUCCAUAGAAUUUAUCUUAGUACAUUUAUAGAAGGAAAUAUUCGAAAUGGCGGUUACUGGUAGUGAAAGUGGAAAUAUUUGUAUAGUUGUACAGUAGUUUAAAUGUAGCUUUCAGUUACAAGUUAGGUCCAACAGUGGGUAGACAUUUUGAAGUUGGAAACAAGCAUAAGGCCAAAAAGAGCUAAACCAAAGUGUUGACGCCAAAUGAGUAGUAUACAUUGAUCAAAUUUGUUGUGCCACUAACAAAACGAUUCUAUUCAAUGGGAUUCCUGAUGUUCUUCAUUAGGAACAAAAAAAAACUUUCAAGUGCUAUAAAAGAGAAUGGAUCUCUAGAGGUUGUGUAAAUACUAUAAAACUGUGUAGUUUAUUUAACAUGUUUACACCUACAUUUAUUAAAACUUAAGAAGUAUAUAAAAAAUGACAAUCUGCUAGAAGCCUUUCUAUGAUUAUUACUUAUUAAUUAGGAUUUUGAAGAAGAAAAAGCCGACAUUGUUAACAUCAGUGAUACAGGAACAAUUACUUAUUGACAACAACAUGUUAUCAUGUGUUUCUCUUAUCAAUUAAUGAUGUUAUAUAGGCAUUAGAAUAAUAGAAGUGAAAAGUAAAUCUUUGAACGAUCAACUAAUUCCUAGGAUAUAGUCCUUGUUUACAUUUAGGUUAUGUUAUUUCGAUAGUCAAAUAAAUUAAUU